AUGUUUGAGCAGGCCCAGAUCCAGGAAUUCAAAGAGGCCUUCACCAUCAUGGACCAGAACAGAGAUGGCUUCAUCGACAAGAACGAUCUGAGGGACACUUUUGCUGCUUUAGGACGUCUGAAUGUGAAACAAGAAGAGAUCGAUGACAUGCUCAAAGAAGCUCCUGGCCCAAUCAACUUCACCGUCUUCCUCACUAUGUUCGGCGAGAAGCUGAAAGGUGCCGAUCCGGAAGAGACCAUCCUCAAUGCUUUUAAAGUCUUUGACCCUGAGGGUAAAGGGGUCCUGAGGAAGGACUACGUGACACAGAUGCUAACGACACAAGCCGACAGAUUCUCAGCUGAAGAGAUGGAGCAGAUGUUUGCUGCCUUCCCCCCGGAUGUGGCUGGAAACCUGGACUACAAAAACCUGGUUCACAUCAUUACUCAUGGAGAGGAGAAGGACCAGGAGUGA